GGGUGGGCGCAGUUUGGCUCUGCCGGAGCUCGGCAGGCGAACCACAGGCGAGCGAAGGCUUUUGCUUUGCUCUGCCUUUUGGUCAGGUCUGCUCUUCCUGGACGUUUUGUAGUGUUCGCCUGCUACCUCGAGGGGUUUUAUUUAGCUUUUCUUUGGUACCUAUGCGGGACUCAUACGCCGCACAGAAAAGUGGGGGAGAAGGACCGGAGCAGGAGCGAUAAAAAGCAAACACUCGUUAUCAUUAGCCUUUCAUGCGCGUAAAAAUUUGUGUUAUAAAUAAGAGCUCACGGAGAGACGGAAGGAGCGGAACGAGGGUGCGGACAGGAGAGCCCCAGCUCUUGCUAUGAGAGAGACAGCGAAACUCCGGCGGGCGACUCGGUGAGCUAUGAGAUGAGGCUCAGGAAUGGGACUGUGGCCACAGCGUUAGUGUUUGUCACCUCCUUCCUCAGCCUGUCCUGGUACACAGCUUGGCAAAAUGGAAAAGAAAAGCUAAAUGCCUAUCAGCAUGAGUUUCAUGCCUUGAGAGAGCGUCUUCGUGUGGCUGAGCAUCGAACUUUACAGCGUUCUUCUGAACUAAAUGCUGUCCUGGAGCAGUUCAAACGGAUAGUGGCUUCAUCAAAUGGCAGCAAAGAGGCUUUGAACAAUUUUUCAGAUGAUGCCAAAAAGAUAUUGAAAGAUUUGACCAACAGAAAUGCCCUUCAAGUGCCAAAUAUUUACCACCACAUGCCCCACUUACUUAACAACGAAGAGAGCCUCCAGCCUGCUGUGCAGGUUGGUCUUGGUAGAACUGGCGUGUCCUUAGUGUUGGGAAUUCCCACCGUGAAGAGAAAAGUUAAGUCCUACCUUGCAGAGACACUUCAUUCAUUGAUAGAUAAGCUGUCUACUGAAGAGAAGUUGGAUUGUGUAAUAGUGGUAUUUAUAGGUGAGACUGAUCUCAAUCAUGUUCAUGGUGUCCUGGACAGUCUGGAAAAAGAAUUUUCCAUAGAAAUCAGUUCAGGGUUAAUAGAAGUCAUAUCACCACAUGCAGCUUACUAUCCGGAUUUGGCAAACCUGAAGGAAACCUUUGGAGAUUCAAAAGAGCGUGUCAGAUGGCGAACAAAACAGAAUUUGGACUAUUGCUUCCUUAUGAUGUAUGCCCAGAAAAAGGGGAUUUACUAUGUCCAGCUUGAAGACGACAUAGUUGCCAAAGAUCAUUACUUCAGCACCAUGAAAAAUUUUGCACUUCAGCUUUCCUCGGAAGACUGGAUGAUUCUAGAGUUCUCACAGUUGGGGUUUAUAGGUAAAAUGUUUCAGGCUCCUGAUCUGAACCUUAUUGUGGAGUUCAUACUGAUGUUCCACAAGGAGAAACCGAUCGACUGGCUUUUAGAUCACAUCUUGUGGGUGAAGGUCUGCAACCCUGAAAGAGAUGCAAAACACUGCGAGCGGCAAAAGUCUAACAUCAGGAUUCGAUUCAGACCAUCUCUUUUUCAGCAUGUUGGAUUGCAUUCGUCAUUGGCGGGCAAGAUUCAGAAGUUGACAGAUAAAGAUUUUAUGAAGCCUUUACUUCACAAAAUGCACGUCAAUCCAUCGGCAGAGGUUUUAACCUCGCUGAAAGUUUACCAAGGACAUACGUUGGAUAAGGCAUACCUGGGAGAGGACUUCUUCUGGGGCAUUACACCUCUCGCUGGUGACUAUAUUCUCUUCAGAUUUGACAAACCGUUGAAUAUAGAUAGAUACUUGUUUCACACUGGGAACACGGAGCAUCCAAGGGACCUGCUGUUGAAUACAAGUGUUGAGGUUUUGCCUUACAAGGAUUUAGGAUCUGAAUUACUUCAGGAGACCAAAGAACCAAAAUAUAAGCGCACUGAAGAUGGUUUUUACAGAAUAGGUAGAUUUGAAAAUGGAAUAGCAGAAGGUGCCAUUCACCCGAGAUUAAACCCUAUCUCAGCGAUUAGGCUGUCAAUUUUACAAGAUUCCGAAGUGUGGGUUCUACUUGAUGAGAUCCAUCUUAAAAAAGUUGCCAGUUAAUCAGAAUUAAAAGAAGUUUGAAGAUUAAUCUGUUUUAUACAAAAGAAUUGUCCCAAUCCAUCUUAAUAGCUCUCUUUAAUAAAGUGUUGAUAUUGAUCACAGAGUUCAUGGACAUAUCACCUCAUCUGAUCGCUGUGGAUGUUCGUUGUUCCCACACACUACCUCCUGUGAAAUCUACUGUAAUUUUCUAUGUAAAGAUUCUAAUUUUGAAGAGUUACCAAUUGAAGUUUUUGGUAAUCUGAAGAUAAUAGACUGUUCUUCUCAUCAUGAGGUACAAAGGUGUAUUUUUUGUGACCCAUUUUACAGUAGAAAGUACCUAAGUAAUGAACAAAAAUAAGCCAAGAAAUGAGACUUGUAUAUAAAGAGCUUAACAGUUACAAAUUUUAAACAUAAAUUGUGCAUCAGGGACAGAGAAUGUGCAGAGGAGAGCAUAUAAGGGGCUGGUUACCUUUAAUUUAUUGUAAAUAUGCACUGGACAGAUUUAUCAUAUUUUGAGGGAAUCCAGAUUCUUGAUUAGAGAAAUAUAGUAUUUGAUUUCUAGACAAUUAAGUUAACUUCUGAAGAAAUUCUUCAUUUUAUGAAGUAAAAAAAACUGCCUUUUCAAAACCUUGAAUUUAUUAAAGUUGAAAUUUGCCAAUUUUCUUGAGAGCAGUUGCAGAACAUCAGUUCCAGCACAUCAAGGUUGGUGAGAAAUUACGUGACUUCAUUGGUGGACCUAGCUGUACAUGCCAGUGGUGGGAUGGACGGGGCAAAUUUCAUUCUAGGAGUCUUCUGUACAAUAGUGGUCAUAUAAUGAUUUCAAUUGAGCAGUUGCAAAAGAGGCCCACAGUUAAAUUUAGCGCCCAGAGGUAGGCAGGCAAGUGAUGGGGAUGGAGGAAUGAGCAUCGCCACACCUCCAGUGGUGCUGCUUAUGCAUAACUUCAAUGUCAUAUUACAGGAGCUGAUUAAUAUUGAGCAAUGGUUCUUCUGUAGAUAUUUUAACAUUUAUUCAAUAACAAGAAGUGCAAGACAAAGUGGAAAUCUCUUUUACUACAUUGCAUUUUGUUUGUUGGAAAAUGUUUUUGAAUGCAACGUUUAGAAAAGUAGUAAUGCUUCUACAGUUCAGAAAUCUAUUGCCCACAAGGCAAAAAACCCUCCAUUUUCCAUUUCAACUGUGCAUCAUCAAUAGUUUAAAGAAAAUCCUAAGUAUUAAUAACAUUGCAGAUUAAUUUUCACAGGUUUUUUUUUGCAAUAAUACACUUCUGCGAAUUUUACUAUUCAAACGAUUGAAUGGAUAAAAUGGUUACAAGGAUAAGUGGUGCUUUUUUGUGUCUAUGGAUAUAACGAUAGCUGCCAACUUUAUUCAGAAUAUUUAACUGAACCAUCACAAGGGUUUUAUCCUUUCUGAUGAAAUCCUUGCAAUUUACUGCUGGAAAACCAUCAACUGAUACAGUCAGUAUGUAUGGAAAAGUAUGGCCUUUAACUUGACGGUUACUCAUGCUCAAUAUAAAUUAAAUAGUUGAUGUAGUUUUUGAUACGUAAUUAUAUACAUGAUGUUUUGAUAUGUAAUUAAUGGAGGAGGGGCUUCUUUGGUGCAGGGAAGGAUAUAAAUAUUUAUGAAAACUGCUUAAACUAGCCAAAGUUGUUACCAUCAAUGAAUGCAAAAUGAAAUAUGGUGGCAGGCUGAUGUUAGUGAUUCACAUUUUCAGUGAUGGAAUUUUUAAAAUUGGAAUUGGACAAUCUUGCUAUUAUAAAAUAUUGAAAAUAAAACUAUUGGAAAGUAUAUAAAGGACUUUCAGUUCUUCCUUCCUAUGAACUGCCUCAAAGUUUAUAAAUGUUGGGAGGGAAGCGUAGAAAGAAAGUGAAUAAAAGGGUACAUGGCAGUAUUGAGGAAAAAUUCUGCUAUCAAGCAGAACUGAGCAACAAAAGGUUGUAUUUAAGACUAUGCUUUUCUCCAGAAAAUUACAUUUUGGUAAAGCCAAUAUCACAAUCAUUACCAUUGAGGUUCACAGUUCUAACUUGGCAGAGUGUAAGCUAAAAGCAGGAAAUGUUAGAAAUUCAGUCAGUCAGUUGGCUCGAUAAAUUGAAGGGAGAUAUUAAUAAUUUAUUGUAGAUUUUUUUUUGUAGAUUCUCUUCCAUUGAGCCUCUGAUAGCAAAUAACUUUGGCUUAUGAAUAUGGAAAAUAUAGGUCACAGGAAUGUGGUGAUUGAAAUGACAAUUAACAUUUUGUUUCAAUAAUUUGGUAAUGGAGCUAGAUCCAGACUGUCAAUACUCACUUUAAAUCUCUGUACAUACAAAGCCAUUUCAUCAGCAGAUGAGAUGAAUUUUAAUCAAAUGUUAAAACAGAUACCCAUAGUGGGGAUAUCAAAAAACAAGAGAGCAUAGGUUUAUGGUGAGAGAGAGAAGUUUUAAAGGGGAUCUGAGGGAUAAGUUUUUUUUACACAGAGAUGAUAUCUGAAAUGCACUGCCUGAGGAGAUUCAGAUGUAAUUGCUAUAUUUAUGAGGCACUUAAGCCAGACACUUAAAUAGAGAGGGCAUAGAAGGAUACAGUCCUAAUGCAUGCAAGUGGAGUUAUGUAGAUGGACUAAAAGGUCAGCUUGGAUGUAGUGGGCCGAAGGGUCCGUUUCUGUGCUGUACGACUCUGAGAUGCAUCUGGUAUCAAAUGGUGUAAUUAGAUGUUAAUUGUCACCAUAAAAUGAACCUUUGUGAAUGCAAAUCAAGAAUCAAGUUUUUCCAAAUAUGUGAUUUUUUUCUGGAUCUAUUUAUGAAGCCUUUUUGCAGUUAAGAUUUCUAUUUUUGUUUGCUCUCUGCUAGCCUUUUGCAAUGGGGCUAGAUCAUGUCAUGUUAAAGGAAAGAUCCUAAAGUGGUGUUUGCAACAAGACAAGUGUCCCAAAAUGAUUUCUUCUUGCAGAGUCAUGUGAGGUUAGAGUAAAAACCUUUUGUAAAAUUACCUUGAGGCUUAUCAAUGGUUCACAUUGUGUUCUCAGGAUGGAUAACACAUUGUUAGAGCAUGUGUACAUUUUCAUCCUACUUGCACUUCUGUUGCUGCUAAAAAAACACCAUGGAUCUGUAUUCAUUGUUUAAAAUGCUCCACCAGGUUUUGCACAUGUAGGUUGAAAACAGGAUUCUUAAAAUUGUGCCUGAGCUGUACUUUUGUUUGGAAAUGAAGUCCUGUUCUUUAAUCAGUGCAUUUAAAAUUAGAAAAAAAUAAUAAAGGUGAAGCUUGAUAAUAUGCAAACUAUUUGGGAGUUUGGCUGUCUUUGGACAGUAAGUCAUGCUAAAUUAACACGAUGAUUACUCAUAAUCUAGAAAAUCGGAAUUGACCUAAAUCAAAGAGAUCUCAGCUGUAGCACCUUUUAUAAUGAGAGAUUACGAAUCAAGUGAAAUGGAUCGGUUUUACAUAAUGUGCCACAGAUCAAUCUGUUGAAAUAUAAUGCUUUUGCUUAUUUUAUGGAUAUGUUUAUGCUUUGUGUAUGUAACUAUGCACCUGCUUGUUAAUGUCAAUGUGCCUUUCAUUGUUGGUCUACGUUUUUUCAUAUAUGUGCCAUAACUUUGUAAAGAAUGAUAAAGUUGUAAUAAAGUUCAAUUUGUUAUAUUUUAAAAUGUAAUGAGGCGUAGAAUGUUCUGUAUAAUUGGCUUCUUCCUGCCAUUGUGUAAUAAAUUGCUACACUUAAAUGUCAA